AGCUCCAGGUCCCAGCGCCCGGCCCGCUAGCGGCCGCGUGGAAGCAGCGGGGCUCGACGGCGCGGCCACUCGGCCGCCAUGGCCGCUCACGGGAAGUUACGCCGGGAACGGGGGCUGCAGGCCGAGUAUGAGACGCAAGUGAAAGAGAUGCGCUGGCAGCUGAGUGAGCAACUGCGCUGCCUGGAGUUGCAGGGGGAGCUGCGGCGGGAGCUGCUGCAGGAGCUGGCUGAGUUCAUGCGGCGCCGUGCCGAUGUGGAGCUGGAGUACUCCCGUGGCCUGGACAAGCUGGCCGAGCGCUUCUCCAGCCGAGGAGGCCGCCUGGGGGGCAGCAGCCGGGAGCACCAAAGCUUCCGGAAGGAGCCGUCCCUCCUGUCAUCCUUGCACUGCUGGGCCGUGCUGCUGCAGCAGACACGGCAACAGAGCCGGGAGAGUGCGGCCCUCGGCGAGGUCCUGGCCGGGCCACUGGCUCAGCGCCUGAGCCACAUUGCAGACGAUGUGGGGCGCGUUGUCAAGAAGAGUAAGGAUCUGGAGCAACAGCUGCAGGAGGAGCUGCUGGAGGUGGUGUCAGAGCUUCAGACGGCCAAGAAGACAUACCAGGUGUACCACACGGAGAGCAUGAACGCUGAGGCCAAGCUCCGGGAAGCCGAACGGCAGGAAGAAAAGAGGACAGGCCGGAGCGCUGUUGCUGCCGCCGCCGCCACCGCCACUGCCACCACCACCGAGGCAGGGCCCCUCCGCAAGACCUCCCUCAAGAAGGGAUCACGGCUGGUGGAGAAGCGUCAGGCCAAGUUCUUGGAGCACAAACUCAAGUGCACAAAAGCACGCAACGAGUACCUGCUCAGCCUGGCCAGUGUCAACGCUGCUGUCAGCAACUACUACUUGCAUGAUGUCUUGGACCUCAUGGACUGCUGUGACACAGGGUUCCACUUGGCCUUGGGGCAGGUGCUCCGCAGCUACACGGCUGCCGAGAGCCGCACCCAAGCCUCCCAAAUGCAGGGCCUGGGCAGCCUGGAAGAGGCAGUGGAGGCCCUAGAUCCUCCAGGGGACAAGGCCAAGGUGUUGGAGGUGCAUGCAGUCGCCUUCUGUCCCCCGCUUCGUUUUGACUACCAGCCCCACGAGGGAGAUGAGGUGUCUGACAUCCGGGUUGAGGUGGAGCUGCGGGACGAGAUUCUGCCCAGAGCCCAGAAUAUCCAGAGCCGCCUGGACCGACAGACCAUCGAGACAGAGGAGGUGAAUAAGACGCUGAAGGCCACACUGCAGGCCCUGCUGGAGGUGGUGGCAUUGGAGGAUGGGGACAUGCUCGAUUCCUUCCAGGCCAGUCCCUCAACCGAGUCCCUCAAGUCCACCAGCUCAGACCCGGGUACUCGGCAGGCUGGCCGGAGGCGUGGCCAGCAGCAGGAGACCGAGACCUUCUAUAUCAUGAAGCUCCAGGAGUACCUGAGUGGACGGAGCGUCCUUGCCAAGUUACAGGCCAAGCAUGAGAAACUGCAGGAGGCCAUUCAGCGAGGUGGACCCCACUCCUGGUCCCCUUGGUCCCUUCCACCCCACCUCCAGGGUGACAAGGAGGAGCGGGAGGUGUCUUGGACACAAUACACACAAAGAAAAUUCCAGAAGAGCCGCCACCCCCGCCCCAGCUCCCAGUAUAACCAGAAACUCUUCGGGGGAGACAUGGAGAAGUUUAUCCAGAGCUCAGGCCAGCCUGUGCCCCUGGUGGUGGAGAGCUGUGUCCGCUUCAUUAACCUUAACGGCCUGCAGCACGAGGGCAUCUUCCGCGUGUCGGGUGCUCAGCUCCGGGUCUCAGAAAUCCGAGAAGCUUUCGAGAGAGGGGAGGACCCACUGGUGGAUGGCUGCACAGCCCAUGAUCUGGACUCAGUGGCAGGGGUGCUGAAGCUCUACUUCCGGAGCCUGGAGCCUCCACUCUUCCCCCCGGACCUGUUCGGGGAGCUUCUGGCUUCUGCAGAGCUGGAGACCAUGGAAGAGCGUGUGGAGCUUGUCAGCAGCCUCCUGGCCCGGCUGCCGGGACCAGUGCUGGUGGUCCUGCGUUACCUCUUCACCUUCCUCAACCACCUGGCCCAGUACAGUGAUGAGAACAUGAUGGACCCCUACAACCUGGCGGUGUGCUUCGGGCCGACGCUGCUGCCCGUGCCCGCUGGGCAGGACCCGGUGGCCUUGCAGGGCCGGGUGAACCAGUUGGUGCAGACGCUCAUCAUGAACCCUGCGCGGGUUUUCCCGCCCCUGACCCAGCUGCCGGGCCCCGUCUAUGAGAAGUGCAUGGCACCGCCUUCCGCCAGUUGUCUGGGGGAUGCCCAGCUGGAAGGCCUGGUAGGGGAGAAUGAGCCAGAACUGGACACUGGGACCUCGGCCCAGGAGGAUGGUGAAGGGGUCCUGGAGGGGGUCCUGGAGGCUGUGGCCUGCUUUUCCUACACGGGCCGCACGGCCCAGGAGCUGACCUUCCAGCGUGGGGAUGUGCUGCGGCUGCACGAACGGGCCUCAGGCGACUGGUGGCGGGGCGAGUGUGCUGGCACUCGGGGACUCAUUCCCCACAAGUACAUCACGCUGCCCGGGGGGGCAGAGAAGCCCUCAGUGGGCCAGGGACCACAGGCUGCAGGGGACGUGCUGAGCAGUACAGAGGGCCUCCUGGCUACAGAGUUCGUCCUUCCACGGCCAGAGCCAUGCACCCCACCCGGGGGCCCUUCUGGGCACAGACGGCACUGCUUGGUCCCAACCUCCCCAGAGCGACAUGUGGAGGUGGAUAAGGCUGUGGCACAGACCAUGGACUCGGUGUUUAAGGAGCUCUUGGGAAAGACCGCUGUCCGCCAGAGCCUCGGGCCAGUGUCCACCAACUCCCCCAGCCCUGGGUCCCGCAGCCCAAAGCCUCCAGGUUGCAGUCGCCUCGGCAAGAACAAAGGCUUCUCCCGAACCCCUGGGGCCCCAGCCUCACCCUCAACAUCCCAUCCCCAAGGCCUGGACUCUCCCUUCAAGUCACCCUGAGGUGCUGCUGGCUUCUCUGCAGGCCCCGCCUCACCUCAGGCAGCCACCCUCCCCAGGCCCUUUGCUUCUCCCUGGCCCUGUCCAGCAAGCACUGAGCAUCUGCUCUUGACCCUUUGCAGAGAGGAGGACACAGCUGCCCAAGCAGGCCCCUCCCUGGCUUUGCUGUGAGGGCACGUCAGUGGCUGCUGGGUGGCAGGUGCCCUUGCUCAGAUGAGCAGGCCAACCGGUCCCUAGGCCCAUCUCUGCCUCAGCUGAGGGUGUGGGGCUGGCGGAGGUUGGCAGACAUUGGCAGCCAUUCAUAAAGACUUGUGCAUUGA